UCUGUAGAGACUGAGCUGCACCGCUCUGCACAGGAUAGCACAGGAUCUGCGCACAUGAGGUGUCAUUGCUCCUAGGGAUCUGUGCAAAACUGCCUCUAGCUUCUGGAUUUGGGGGUCUGCACCUACAAACAGCAGAGGGGGAUUGACACUCCUUGUGGGAGCGCACAUGGAUUGUAACUGCAGUGGAUUGUAAUGUGUAUUUGAUGUUCAGGAUCUGGGGAUCUCCUGCUGAGAGAUGGGGAAACUUUAUUCCAAACACGCUGCAGUUUGCAAACCCAGAGAGAGCCCUGAAGGUGACAGCUUUGCAGUAAAUGCCUGUUUGGCUCGGAAAGGCUUUGAGGACUGGAUAGCCAAGCAGAAGUCCUCAACUGCCCCCAAUCACAAAACUGGUUGCAAAAGGGACCCGUCAGGCGAUAUUUGUAAACAUAUCGGAGAUGAACAUUUUCGUCUGGAAGUUGCUCUCCCUGCUGAGAAAAGUGAGGGCUUCUUCACCUUUGAGGACAAGAAACCAGGGGAUAAAGACACAGACGGGCGUGCCAAGAAACAGCUGAAAUUUGAAGAACUUCAGUGCGAUGUUUCGGUGGAAGAAGAUAACCGUCAAGAAUGGACAUUCACGUUAUAUGAUUUUGAUAACAGUGGAAGAGUCACACGAGAGGACAUUACAAGUUUGCUGCAUACAAUAUAUGAAGUAUUUGAUGCAUCAGUCAAUCAUUCUUCUAGCUCCAGUAAAACACUUAGGGUCAAGCUAUCUGUGGCCCCAGAUGCCACGCUGAAGAAGAGGACAAUGUUACUUAAGCAUGCAGAGAUGCAGAGUGGGAGACACCGGAGCGAGAGUAAGGUCAACGACGAUUUGCGGAACUCUGAAAAGAAACGGGGAUCGUCAAGACAUAACCCAGCUGAAAAUGAAACAGAACAGACAGAAUGUCUCCGGCAAUGCGUAGAUGAGAACAUUGAACGGAGAAACCACUACUUGGAUCUUGCAGGAAUAGAAAACUACACAUCAAGGUUUGGACCAGGUUCUCCUGCCACAGUUGAAAAACCAGAUUCACAGACAAGAGUUUCUAAUCAGAUGAGAUCUCGUUCCCAUGAACCGGAAUCUCUCCAUCUUCACCAGAGGAGGUCACAGGCUUUAGAUCCUGGACAUUACAAUAUACUAGACCCUUCUCAUCCAAAGAUGGUAGAACUUCAGCAAAGGCAACGAGGUCAGGAAUCCAACAGACAUUCUGUAAGAAGUCCCAAGGCUGCAAAUAAGAAUGGAAACACCUCGGUCACUCAACCAGGAAGGACAACGAGAAGCAAACCCAACCAUGCUGUAUCAAUUCCUUUGACUUUGCCAACUGCACUUAUGGGCCAGAGCUACCCCUACCACCCUUUACCUCCUCAGCAACCUCAUAGGAAGAGCAAGCAAAAAGUCAAGGAAGGCCAUCAGAUGUGCAAGGCCUUCCAGUCUCCUGCUAACGUAGUGGAAAAAGAGCAUGUGAGGGAUUUGCCAAGCAUGGUACUGUAUGAAGGCCAAAGUGGACAAUUGACACAAAGACAUGAACAUCAUCACCACCACGAGCAUCACCACCACUAUCACCAUUUCUACCAAACAUAAACAAGGACCACCUAUUUCAAGCCUUUGAGAGCAGUCCAUAAUCUGGAAGUCCAUUUUGAGAAGGAAGUUAUUUGUCAGUAAUAAAUCAAAUUGAUUGAAUAUUACACUUAUUGACAUUAUGUGGAACAGCAGAGUGGAUCCAAACAUCAUUUUUGCUUACAAUUAAAAAGAUAUGGAACUUCAAUGUAAAAAUCACCAAGCACUUCAUUUAUGAUGGAACUAUGGAUGGAGUGGUGUAUAUACAUCUAACAGACUUAUUGCACACAAGCCUUUAACAGAAAAAUAACCUGAACAGUUUUUCCUACACCAGAUAAACGAAAUACUAACAAAAAGAACCCACAAACAGCACACUACCUCUAGUAUUGUUCUUACUUUAUGUUCAUUCUAAAGAUGGGAGUAGGCUCAGCAUAUUGGUCUAUACAUAAAUGUAUGUAAUAUUAUAUAUAUAUAUAUAUAUAUAUAUUAUAUAUAAUUAUUGUUGGCUUGGGUGUGCCUAAUUCCUAUCUUUAUGAACACAAGAAGAAAAUGCCAACGUAAUAUAUACUUUGCUUAACUACUUCUAUCUUCCACUUCGGUAUUAUUUAUAUGUGAGGUAUUUUAAGUUGUCAUUUUUAUCACAUGGAGACUAUUGAGAGUGGAAAGCGAUCUUCCCAUUGAUACAAAACUAUGUGUAAUAGGGCAGGUCUGUACCACAGCCUUUCAUUGUUAGAGGUGCCUUAUACAACCUUAAGGCUUAUUUAAUGCAGGAGCGGUAAAGAAGAUCUAGAGUAGUUAGAUAGACAGUCAUUAGGACAACCCCAUAUGGUCGAUAUGCAUUAGGGUCAAAAGGUCAACAUGGAAAAGGUCGGCACACGUUUUUUAGAGGGGGUUUUUUGUGUCAUUUUGUAUGUUUAAUCACCUGUGACCACAGUCAGUGUAAAUAUGUGUCAUGGCUAGCUUGCUCCUCUCGCCACGCUUCGGGCACGCUGGUUUGCUCCACUACAGCUGUACUUGCCACAGGUUACUCUAUGUGAAUGGUAAAUCAAGCAAAAGUUGAAACAUUUAAAACUUGCCCAAAUAAUUUGUGUUGGCAAUAUCGGUGUUGAACAUGGUCAGGUCAACCCUUCCUAACCUGUCAACCUUUUGUACCUGUCGACCUUAAGCACUGCCUACCUUUUGACCAUGUCGACCAUAUGGUGUCGACCUAUUGACUGUCUAGACACUAUCUAUACAUUGGAACCCAUUUAAUACAAUUAGCUGACAUAGCAAUCAGUGAGAUAUUAGAACAUUGUAGUCUAAUCAUCCACUGCCUUGUUGGCAGCUUUGAAUUACAGUACAUGUUUGUACUGUUUUGUUCAAGGUUUUAUCAGACAGGUAAUUAAAUGAGGUACACUACGCAGUAUGCACAGCUUACCAGACCUCCCCAUGCUUUAUAUAUGGGUUACAGUCUCCAAGUUCAUGGACAUCACUUUAACCCCUGAACUAGAGCACAGCUUUCUCCUGAUCUAGAUCUUCUUUUUUUUUUUUUUUUGUACUUUAAAAGUUGGCAAGUAUAUAGUAUAAAUAUAUAUAUAAAUAUAUUAUCUGUACACUCAGGUACAUUAUUUUGCGGUAAAACAAAUCUGUGGUUUGGGUAUUUGUAGCAUUCUGUUCUUUUUUUAAUUAUUAUAAUUAUUUUAUUUCAGAGUUUUUAUGUAUUAUAACAGAAUAUUGUGUUUAAAAGCCUUGUUUUUCCUAGUAAAAUUCCCAUUUUUUUAAAGAAAGAAAAUGAAUUGUGAAUGAGUGUAUUUAAUUUUUUUUUUCCAUUUGUUUUUAUGUUUAACAUAAUAAAAAUAUACCAGAUAUUUGGGUUGUCCUUUAUAGGUUAUUGUCUCCCAUACAGAAAAGACUGGACCAAUAUUAGUGAGAAUGACGCACUUUCUCGCUUUAUUUUGGGGGAAUUUCUACCAGCACCUGUCCUACCACUGCUUUUCAUUGCAUCACCUGCCUCUUAUCUGGCCUCAUACGGGCCUAACGUUCUUAAUGGAUGUACAAUCUGCUGACUCUUCAGAUUCCUUGCCUGGAUUUAUCUUUCCUAACUUUCCAUUUAAUUCUGUAAUUUCUCUGUAAAAUGAUGAAAUACAUUCC